GGCUCCGAGACAGACCUUUACCAUGGGGCCGGCAGCGGUUCUCUUCCUCCUCCUCACGCUCGGCGCCUCCGAAGCCAAGCGUGCCGCAGAGUCCAGGAGUGAUGAUAACAGUGUCUUUGAUCUCUUUGAACUCGUUGGCUUCAUUCGGAAGGGAGCUGGGCGCCGGGCACCUGGGGUGCACCUGGUGAAGGGACCAGAAUCCUCCAGCCCUGCUUACCGCAUCGAAGAUGCUGGGCGCAUCCCUGCUGUCCCCGACUCCAAGUUCCAAGACUUAUUAGAUGCCAUCCAUGCCGAGAAGGGCUUCAUCCUCCUGGCCACUCUCCGGCAAGCCAAGAAGAGCAGGGGCACGCUGCUCUCUGUGGAACAGAAAGAUGGCUCUGGGCACGUCUUCAGCCUGGUAUCCAACGGCAAGGCAGGCACCCUGGACCUCAGCCUGUCUGGCGACGGCAAGCAGCAGCUCGUCUCAGUAGAGGAUGCCUUGCUAGCUACAGGACACUGGAAGAACAUCACCCUGUUUGUGCAGGAGGACCGAGCUCAGCUCUAUGUGGGGUGUGAGAAAAUGGAGAAUGCUGAACUGGACAUCCCCAUUCAGAACAUCUUUACGAGGGACCUGGCCAGCAGUGCCAGUCUCCGUAUGGCCAAAGGGGGAGUCAACGACAACUUCCAGGGACUGCUGCAGAAUGUGCGGUUCGUGUUCGGAACCACUCUGGAAACCAUCCUGAGGAACAAAGGCUGCUCCAGCUCCACCAGUGCCAUCAUCACCUUGGACAACCCCAUCAACGGCUCCAGCCCAGCUAUCCGCACGAACUACAUCGGCCACAAGACCAAGGACAUGCAGGCAGUGUGUGGCUUCUCCUGUGAUGAGCUGACCAACAUGUUCGUGGAGCUGCAGGGGCUGCGCUCCAUGGUCACGACGCUCCAGGACAGAGUGCGCAAAGUGACUGAAGAAAAUGAGCUCAUUGCCAAAGUGGUCCAGAUCACCCCGGGAGUGUGCAUUCAUAACGGAAUCUUGCACAAAAACAAAGAGGAGUGGACUAUUGACAGCUGCACUGAAUGCACCUGCCAGAACUCUGCCACCAUAUGCCGCAAAGUGUCCUGUCCUCUCAUGCCCUGCUCCAACGCCACCGUGCCCGACGGGGAGUGCUGCCCUCGGUGCUGGCCGAGCGACUACACUGACGACGGAUGGUCUCCCUGGUCCGAGUGGACGUCCUGCUCUGUGACCUGCGGCAACGGGAUCCAGCAGAGGGGGCGGUCCUGUGACAGCCUCAACAACCGCUGCGAGGGCUCUUCUGUGCAGACCAGGACUUGCCACCUUCAGGAGUGUGACAAGAGAUUUAAGCAGGAUGGUGGCUGGAGUCACUGGUCCCCAUGGUCAUCGUGCUCUGUCACCUGCGGCACGGGCAUCAUCACGAGAAUCCGGCUGUGCAACUCGCCAGUGCCACAGCUCAAUGGCAAACCUUGUGAGGGCGAGGCAAGAGAAAACAAAGCCUGCCAGAAGGAUCCUUGCCCAAUUAAUGGCAACUGGGGCCCAUGGUCUCCAUGGGACACCUGCACAGUGACCUGUGGAGGAGGACUUCAGAAGCGGAGCCGCCUCUGCAAUAACCCUGAGCCUCAGUACGGGGGCAAGGCUUGUGUAGGGAAGGCCAGAGGGACUCAGGUCUGCAACAAGCAGGACUGCCCAAUUGAUGGGUGUCUGUCCAACCCCUGCUUUGCGGGGACCACCUGCACCAGCUCCCCUGAUGGCUCCUGGAAGUGUGGUGCCUGUCCUGCUGGCUAUCAUGGGGAUGGAAUCCACUGUGAAGAUAUUGAUGAGUGCAAAGAGGUUCCUGAUGCCUGCUUUGCCUUCAAUGGAGUGCACAGGUGUGAGAACACCGAACCUGGCUACAACUGCCUGCCUUGUCCACCACGCUUCACUGGGACACAGCCCUUUGGACGCAGUGUGGAGGAUGCCAUGGCCAACAAACAGGUGUGUAAGCCACGUAACCCCUGCACAGAUGGCACACAUGACUGCAACAAGAAUGCCAAGUGCAACUACCUUGGCCACUUCAGUGACCCCAUGUACCGCUGCGAGUGCAAGCCAGGCUAUGCUGGCAACGGCAUCAUCUGUGGCGAAGACACUGACCUGGACGGGUGGCCCAACGAGAACCUCGUCUGUGUGGCCAAUGCCACCUACCACUGUAAAAAGGAUAACUGCCCCAAUCUGCCCAACUCUGGGCAGGAAGACUAUGAUAAAGAUGGGAUUGGUGAUGCCUGUGACAGUGAUGAUGAUGACGAUGGAAUUCCUGAUGACCGGGACAACUGUCCCUUCAUCUACAACCCCCAGCAGUAUGACUAUGACAGGGAUGAGGUUGGUGACCGCUGCGAUAACUGCCCCUACAACCACAACCCUGAUCAGACUGACACUGACAACAAUGGGGAAGGAGAUGCCUGUGCAGUGGACAUUGAUGGGGAUGGAGUCCUCAACGAAAGGGACAACUGCCAGUACGUCUACAACGUAGACCAGAGGGACACAGACCUGGAUGGUGUUGGAGAUCAGUGUGACAACUGUCCUCUGGAACACAACCCUGACCAGGAAGACACCGAUUCUGACCUCAUAGGGGAUCAGUGUGACAACAACCAGGACAUUGAUGAAGAUGGCCAUCAAAAUAACCUUGACAACUGCCCCUAUGUGCCCAAUGCCAACCAAGCUGACCACGAUAAGGACGGAAAAGGCGAUGCCUGCGACCAUGAUGAUGACAAUGAUGGUAUCCCUGAUGACAAAGACAACUGCAGACUGGUUGCCAACCCAGACCAAGCCGAUUCAGAUGGCGAUGGACGUGGGGAUGCUUGCAAAGAUGACUUUGACCAAGACAGCGUGCCAGACAUUGAUGACAUCUGCCCUGAAAACGUGGACAUCAGUGAGACUGACUUCAGGAAGUUUCAGAUGAUUCCCUUGGAUCCCAAAGGAACAUCCCAGAACGAUCCCAACUGGGUGGUUCGUCACCAGGGCAAAGAGCUGGUUCAGACAGUCAACUGUGACCCUGGCCUUGCUGUUGGGUUUGAUGAAUUCAAUGCUGUGGACUUCAGUGGCACCUUCUUCAUCAACACAGAGAGGGAUGAUGACUACGCUGGCUUUGUGUUUGGCUACCAGUCUAGCAGUCGUUUCUAUGUUGUGAUGUGGAAGCAGAUCACCCAGUCCUACUGGGACUCUACGCCAACCAAAGCUCAGGGCUACUCGGGUCUCUCCAUCAAAGUUGUGAACUCCACCACGGGCCCAGGAGAGCACCUUCGGAAUGCUCUGUGGCACACGGGGAACACCCCCGGGCAGGUGAGAACCCUGUGGCAUGACCCCCGGCACAUAGGCUGGAAAGACUUCACUGCGUACAGGUGGCGGCUGAGCCACAGACCCAAGACUGGCUACAUCAGGGUUGUGAUGUAUGAAGGGAAGAAAAUCAUGGCAGACUCAGGACCCAUCUAUGACAAGACCUACGCUGGGGGCCGGCUAGGGCUGUUUGUGUUCUCUCAAGAAAUGGUCUUCUUCUCAGAUCUGAAAUAUGAAUGCAGAGAUCCAUAGUCAGCAGGCUACUGGAUCCAGAGACUCUUUAAAACUGCUGGUAUUGCACCUUCUGAAACGGUUAGCCUUACGGACCCUGGGACCAGUGUAUUAUUCCUUCCUGUCUCCUUUCUGUGCAAAUGUGGACUCAAACACAUCAUCUGCCUCAAGAGAUUGCUUUUGAGAACGAGAGUGAAAACCUACUUAGUACCUGACCUCUGCUGAAGGGGAAGGAAGCAAGUGUGUCUUGCAGCUGAGAAUUCUUCCCUGGACAAGCACACUGCCUUCAGCAGGAAAGACAUUUGGUUGCUGUUCAGCACAGUGCAGUGUCACUGCCUCCAAAUGGAGGUCCCAUGGAGCAGCAUCUUCAAAGAACAUCUUUGGAUGUGCUGUGGACUACUUAACUGAAGACCUUUCAUUGUGUGGGGACAAGGGUUUGGGUGGGAGGUUUUUGUUUUCUUUGUGGGGGAGAGGAAUUGUUUUUUAACAGCUGUGCUACCUUGGUUUACAUCCCUUUGACUUGGAGAAACUCUUGUUCUGUCUGCUUUUCAGAUGAAGACUUAGCCUUUAGUUGUGGUGAGCUAGAUCAGCUGCUGUGUUGCACAGGACAAAACAGAUCUCCUAAGGUGGGAAGGGGAAGGAGGAUUGAAGACUGGCACACUGGAUCACACUAGCUUUGGGAGAACUGGGGUUCACAGCUUGGUUCUGGUUUUGCUGAUCAGAUGCAGAUCUCUCACCUUUGUUAAUGUUCUGUUCAGCUCUGGUGCCAUCUGGGCUAGCACUGUGCUGUCCUGAGAAGCUCAGCACAUGCUUCACUUUUUAUGGUUAAAAAGGCACAAAAUUGAUCUACACAUUCCUCCUCUACAUGCCAGAGAUGCUUUAAACCCCUCACUUCUUUGGAGGGGAAGCAGCCUAUAGGUAAAAUGCUGCCCUUGUAAAAUAUUUAUUUUUACCUGUCCUUCACAGUUUCAUGCCUGAGGGGUUCUUGAUCCAAACAAGUGCGU